AUGAACUUAAUCACUCUAAACCCAUUCAUGUUCCUGUGUCCAUGUGACUUGGGCAAGAGUGUAUCAAGAAGCUUAGACAGCAUUAUACCAUCUGCUGUAGCAAUUCACUUCUACAUAUUUUGUCCACAGGGGAGCUAUCCUGGGAAUCACAAGGCAGCCUGCCCCAGUCCUGCUCAGCCAUCUCUACACUCCUCUGACAGAAUGAAUGCCCUCGAUGAUGUCCCCUUCAAGGUGCCCAAUGGCUUUGUGAUAGGCACAGAGCCCCUUCCUGGGCCAGAGCUCAGCGUCCCAGCUUGCAGGGAGCUUCUGCUGGGUUCUAUGCACGACUUCAGCCUGGAGAGGAAGGCGCUCUUCUGGGUAGAGGCUGUCCUCCGGGGACCCUGCCCGUUCCAAUGCGACGCCCCGGGAACGGCGUCAGCGCCUCCCGCCUGGCUGUUGCUGGUCAGUCCCGACCGCGAGCCGGUGCCGAUGCCUGCCGCAGACACGGGCCCUGAGGCUGGACCCCAGCAGCGGCUUGAGGAGGAGGUGGUGGAGGAAGAAAACCAGGACGAGGACCACGACGAAGAAGAAGCCGCCUCCGCCAGCGAGGAAGAGCCACGUCCCUGCAGCCCCCAGCCCGGCCCCCCUGCGAGCCCCGCCCCCCCUGCGAGUCCCGGCCCGGGCCAUCCACGGUGCUCGCUGGACAUGCUGCGCGGCAUGAGGUCGGAGCUAGCCGGAGCGCGGCGGCGGCUCUCCGAGGGCAGGCUGGCCGCCCGCCCCCGCGCCCUCCUGCACCGCAUCCGCCACCGGGCGCUGAGCCUCUGCCCCAGCCCGGCACAGAAUCAGUGCCCCGUGCCGCCCCCGGGCCCCGCGCCCCCACUCCCCAGCACCCCCGCGCCGCCCCCGNUGCCCAGCCAGGUGUCACUUCCAGUAACUGACACAUCCAACCUGUCUGUAUUUCAGUCCCUCAGCCCGUAUACCUGCCUGCCACCUCUUGGGGGGGUGUCUCAGAGUCUCAGCACCUGUAGAGCACACCCUGCUUCUGCUGACCUGCUGUCUGCCCUGAGCCAGGAGGAGCAAGAUCUCAUCGGGCCAGUGGUUGCCCUGGGGUAUCCCCUGCACAGGGCUAUCGGGGCUCUGCAGAAGACAGGGCGACAGAGCCUGAGCCAGUUUCUCAGCUACCUUAGCGCCUGUGAUCGGCUGCUGCGGCAAGGCUAUGAGGAGGGCCUGGUGGAGGAGGCCAUGGAGAUGUUCCAGUUCUCCGAGAGCCAGGCAGGGGAAUUCCUGCGCCUCUGGGAACAGUUCAGUGACAUGGGCUUCCAGCAGGACCGGAUCAAGGAAGUACUGCUGGUCCAUGGCAACCGCCGUGAGCAAGCCCUGGAGGAGCUGGUGGCCUGUGCCCAGUGA